AUGGCGAGCGCUCAGCCCGGAGUCCACGCUCUCAGACUGCAGCUCCCUGAAGUCUCUCACACUCUGAGGAGCGGCAGCAACUUCAUCAAAUGGGACGAGGACACUGAGCUCCUGGACCUGACUCUGGUCAAAGACAUCCGAACAGGUCGAAGCACCAAGACCGCAAAGGAGGCCAAGCUGCGUGAGCUUCUGGAUGCAGGGAACCUGGUGGGGCGCUUGGAGAACCGUUUGCUUACAGUGGUUACAGCCUCUGACCUGGUCAACGUCAGCCAGCUCAUCUUCAUCGCGUCGCAGGAGGAAGAGGCCAAGGUGUGGAGUGAGGAGCUGUUUGACCUGUGCUCCAAUCUGCUCAGUCUCAAUUUGAAUCGAGAACAGAGUUUACUGAAGGCGUAUGUUAGACUGACUCUGCUGCCCAAUGCAGAGGAAAGGAUACCAGUUAAAAACAUUGUUCGUCUAUUUUCUUCUGAUCGCAAAAGAGUGGAGAGUGCCCUGGAGAGCUGCAAACUGCCUUAUGGCCGUGGGGACAGCAUCAGACUGGAGGACUUCACUCUGGAUGUGUACCGCAGCUUCCUGGAAAGUUUAUGUCCCAGACCAGAACUUGUGCACAUUUUCAAACAGCAAGGAGGCACCAACGGUACAAUGGCCCUGGACCAAAUGACAGAUUUCAUUAAUUGUACGCAGCGAGACCCGCGGCUUAAUGAAAUCCUGUACCCACCUCUUCGCCCGUCACACACUCGCUCUCUUCUGGAGCGCUACCAGCACCAACCUCACCUGCUGCAGGAAGGCCUGGUGACUCUGCAGGCUUUCAGCGCUUACCUCGCCAGUGACGAAAACGGUGUCAUCCCUCCUGAAAAACUGGACCAGUCUGAAGACAUGAGCUUCCCUCUGUCGCACUACUUCAUCAACUCCUCCCACAACACGUACCUGACAGGUGUGGCCCCAGGACACCUGCAUGAGUUGGUCACUCAUGGUGGUGGUUGGUUUGUCACAGCUGGUCAGUUGGCAGGCAGCUCAUCGGUGGAGAUGUACCGCCAGGUGCUGCUGGCCGGCUGUCGAUGUGUGGAGCUGGACGUGUGGAAAGGACGCACUGCAGAGGAAGAGCCGGUCAUCACACAUGGCUUCACCAUGACGUCAGAAAUAUCAUUCAAGGAAGUGAUUGAAGCAAUUGCAGAAUGCGCAUUCAAGACUUCAUCCUUCCCAGUCAUUUUGUCUUUUGAAAACCAUGUAGACUCGCUCAAACAACAAGCCAAGAUGGCCGAACACUGUCGUUCCAUCUUUGGAGACGCACUAUUGACUGAUCCUCUGGAAAAGUAUCCACUCCAGUCUGGUGUCCCUCUGCCCAGCCCACAAGAGCUGAUGGGCAAAAUUCUCAUCAAGAACAAAAAGUCCCAUAGAUCCUCCUCAUCCAGUGGUGAUACCAAGAGAUCGACAGAGCAGUCAGCCAAUCCGAAUGAGUCGCUGUCACUUAGCAACAAUACUGGAGAUAUGGAGGCUGAGAGUGAGGAGGAUGAUGAUGAUGACGAUGAUGAAGGUAAAAAGGGCUCAGCGGAGCGAGAGGCAGUGGCUGCAGAGGAAAUGUCCACCCUUGUCAACUAUGUGCAGCCCAUUAAAUUCAACUCCUUUGAAACAUCCAGAGAGGCAGCCCGCUCCUACCACAUGUCAUCUUUCGUAGAGACCAAAGCUUUGGAGCAUCUCACAAAAUCCCCUGUGGAGUUUGUUGAAUACAAUAAAGCCCAACUGAGUCGCAUUUACCCCAAAGGAACCAGGGUUGAUUCGUCCAACUUCAUGCCUCAGCUCUUUUGGAAUGCUGGGUGUCAGCUGGUGGCUCUCAACUAUCAAACUAUAGAUCUCUCCAUGCAGCUUAACCUCUUUAUGUUUGAGUAUAACGGUCGAAGCGGUUACAGACUGAAGCCAGAGUUCAUGCGUCGGCCUGAUAAACAUUUUGACCCGUUCACUGAGAAUACUGUGGAUGGCAUUGUGGCAAACACGCUGUCUGUUAAGGUCAUCUCUGGUCAGUUCUUGAGCGAGAAGCGAGUGGGUGUGUAUGUGGAGGUGGACAUGUUCGGACUGCCAGCAGACACUCGGAGAAAGGCACUCAGGACUAAAACUUCUCCCAACAACAAUGCCAUCAACCCAGUGUGGGACGAAGAGCCUAUCAUCUUCAAAAAGGUCAUUCUGCCCACUCUGGCUUCUCUGAGAGUUGCUGUUUUUGAAGAAGGCGGGAAGUUUAUUGGUCACCGGAUUAUUCCAGUGUCUGCAAUAAGACCAGGCUAUCGGUACAUCAGCCUCAGGAAUGAAAAACAUCAGCCCCUCGUUCUGCCUGCCAUCUUUGUCUUUAUGGAGGUCAAAGAUUAUGUCCCAGACACUUUUGCAGAUGUGAUUGAGGCCUUGUCUAAUCCCAUCCGCUAUGUGAACCUUCUGGAGCAGAGGUCCAAGCAGCUGGCCGCUCUGACGCUGGAGGAGCCGGAGGAGGACACACACUCCGAGCAGAAGGAUGCAGACGCCUGUGCAGAGACAAAGACUGAUCUCCGAACACCUGCAGCAGAAAAUGGCCUGAGCCUGAGCCCACUGCCAUUGGCCACCACUCCCAAAGCUUCAGCAGCCAAUCAGCAGGCAGCUACAGCAGAGACAGUCAAACCCUCGUCUAAGGCUGAGGAUCUUGUUGCUACUGUUUUAGUUGAAUUCCCAUUGUCUUCUAUGGAAAGUUUCCUGCAGUCCAAGCUGUACCUGAAAGAUCAGCGGCAACAGAGUAAAGAGCUGAAAGAGCUUUUGAGAAAGCAUCAAAGAAAAACAAGAAAACUAUACCAAGAGUUAAACAACAAAUACAAGAGGAUGACCCGUCAGCUUCACAGAGCUGAGGAAAGUGAGCGGGAAAUGCGCCUCCUGCAGGCGAGAGAGGAACAGCAGCAGCAGCUCCUGUCACUGAGACAGGAGCAGUACUACAGCCAGAAGUACCUCCAGCGAGAGCACAUUCGAGCGCUGACAGAGCGGCUGAGCAGGUUGGCGGAGGAGGGUCACUGUGUCCAGAUGAAAAGACUUGGGGAUAUCCAGGACAAGGAGAAAAAAGAGCUGAAGCGAUUAAUGGAUCGAAGGAGAACUGAGAAGAUCAACCAGGCCAAAACCAAAGAGAAACACCUUGCACUGGAGGAAAAGAUUGAAAUCAACAAGUCCUACGUGAACGAGGUGGUCCAGAACAUCAAACGGCUGGAGGAGGCUCAGAUGAAGCGUGCCGAGCAGCUGCAGGAGCACCACAGAGAACUACUGCAACAAAUCCAGGACAUGACACCCAAACUGCAGGGGGCGGUGGAGGCAGAGUUCCAGGAGAAGUUUUGCUGCUUACCGGGAGAGAUCCAGAAGUACCUGUCAGACCAGAUGUCAGAGGUCAGAGGUCGCAGCAAGUCCAGACCACCUGCUGCUCUGUCGGAAGAAGACUGA